GUUGGCUCGGUACAGAGGGACUAGAGAGAGAAAACGAACGUGUGCGACAUCAACUGCGCAGGCCGCACGUAGCCCAGCGGAUGAUUUGCAAUCGCCCGCGCCUUCUCAGGUCGCAACUCAUCAUCCCCUAACCACCACCACCCACCCCGCGCAGUCCAGCCUCUGCCAUAUAGGAGGAGGACGGACCGCCUCAAUCUUGUCCAGUUGACAUAGCCAGCGGCAGCUCAUCAUCCAGACGACCAAACCGCCCUUCGGGUUGCUCCUGCUGAGCUUGCCGCCGUGUGCAUUUAUUGGAUCCAGGAUGUGGUGCUGCGCCGGUGAGAAGGAGGAGUACCACGGCCCGCCGGCCGGCAACCUUGCCACGCCGCCCCCGCGACCACCAGGUUCUUACAAUCUUCCGCGAGGCCCUAACGCGCCGAGAAACGGCGUGGGGCCAGCCAAGGUGCUGCCCAUCGACGUCCCCGCGGUCACGCUGGCGGAGCUCAACCGCCUCACGGGCAACUUCGGCGCCCGGUCGCUGGUCGGGGAGGGCUCCUACGGCCGCGUGUACCGCGCCAAGCUGGUCACUGGUGAGACCGUGGCCGUCAAGAUGUUCGACAACGGCGGCUCCGGGCAGUCGGAGGCGGAGUUCUGCGCGCAGCUGUCGGUGGUGUCGCGGCUCAAGUGCGACCACUUCACGCAGCUGCUGGGCUAUUGCCUGGAGCUCAACAACCGGAUCGUGCUCUACGAGUUCGCCACCAACGGCUCGCUCUACGACAUCCUGCACGGGAAGAAGGGCGUGCAGGGGGCCGAGCCCGGGCCGGCGCUCACGUGGGCCCAGCGCGCCCGGGUGGCCCUCGGCGCCGCCAGGGGCCUCGAGUACCUGCACGAGAAGGUGCAGCCGUCCGUGAUCCACCGCGACGUCCGCUCCAGCAACGUGCUCGUCUUCGACGGCCACGAGGGCAAGAUCGCCGACUUCAACCUCACCAACCAGUCCGCCGACACCGCCGCGCGCCUCCACUCCACCAAGGUGCUCGGCACCUUCGGCUACCACGCCCCCGAGUACGCCAUGACCGGCCAGCUUACGCACAAGAGCGACGUCUACAGCUUCGGGGUCGUCCUCCUCGAGCUCCUCACCGGCAGGAAGCCCGUCGACCACACCAUGCCCAAGGGCCAGCAAAGCCUCGUCACCUGGGCCACGCCAAGACUGAGCGAGGACAAGGUCAAGCAGUGCAUCGAUCCCAAGCUCAACAACGACUACCCACCAAAAGCAGUGGCCAAGCUCGCGGCAGUGGCGGCCUUGUGCGUGCAAUACGAAGCCGACUUCAGGCCCAACAUGACCAUUGUCGUCAAGGCUCUCCAGCCACUUGUCGGUGCCCGUCCGGGAGGAGGAGAUCACUAGCUUAGAGAAAGAUCCAUGUCAUGCAUGUCAAGGCCUUCGUCCUCUCCUGCAGCUAGAUUUCUUUUGGUGGAACCGGCAUUCAUAUGUUUAAAUCCUACUAGAGUGCUCAUAUUUUUUCUGAAUUUAUUCAGUAUACAAUCAUGUGGGUGCAUUGCA